GCCUCGGGGGCCCCGAGCCCGGGCGCUGCCGGGGCCAGGAAGGGGCCCCACAGCCCCGACAUCUCACCCGCUCCUCUCCGCCCGCCAGCGCCUCCGGGACCGCUCCCCCUGGGCCGCCACCGCAACCGCCACCAACCGCCACCAACUGCCACUAACCGCCGGCGCGGGCUGGAAGUGCGGUCAGCCCGCGCGCGGCGGCGGCGCCGUUGGUGCCCUAGGCGGCCGGGCCCUCGCUCCCGGCCUCGCCCCCCGCGGCCCUCCUCUCCCUGCUCUCCCUCCUCUCCCUGCUCUCCCUCCUCGCCCCCGCCGGCAGCCGCGGCUCCGCGCCCGCUUCUCGCCUCCGCGCGCAGGCGCGACCCCAAGAUGGCGAGCAAGGAAGCGCUGGAAGACACGGUGGAGGAGCGCGUCAUCGGCGAGGAGUACAAGAUCUGGAAGAAAAACACGCCUUUCUUGUACGACCUGGUGAUGACACACGCGCUGGAGUGGCCCAGCCUCACCGUGCAGUGGUUGCCCGACGUGACCAGGCCAGAAGGAAAGGAUUAUGCUCUACACUGGCUGGUUUUGGGAACUCACACGUCUGAUGAACAGAACCACCUGGUUGUUGCAAGAGUCCAGAUUCCCAAUGAUGACCAAUUUGAUACUUCACAGUAUGACAGUGAGAAAGGAGAGUUUGGUGGCUUUGGAUCUGUGACUGGCAAAAUUGAAACGGAGAUUAAAAUUAACCACGAAGGUGAAGUGAACCGUGCGCGUUACAUGCCACAGAACCCCUGUAUUAUUGCUACAAAAACACCUUCUGCUGAUGUGUUGGUAUUUGACUACGCCAAACAUCCCUCAAAACCAGACCCAAGUGGAGAGUGUAAUCCUGACCUUAGAUUAAGAGGGCACCAGAAGGAAGGCUAUGGUUUAUCAUGGAACUCAAAUCUCAGUGGACAUCUUCUCAGUGCAUCAGAUGAUCAUACUGUGUGUUUAUGGGAUAUAAGUGCUGGACCAAAAGAAGGCAAAGUUGUUGAUGCAAAGGCCAUCUUUACUGGGCACUCUGCAGUAGUAGAAGACGUGGCAUGGCAUCUGCUCCAUGAAUCCCUCUUUGGAUCUGUGGCGGAUGACCAGAAGCUUAUGAUUUGGGACACAAGAUCUAAUACCACAUCCAAGCCAAGUCAUUCUGUAGAUGCUCAUACAGCCGAGGUCAACUGCCUGUCCUUCAACCCUUACAGCGAGUUCAUUCUAGCAACUGGUUCUGCUGACAAGACAGUGGCUCUGUGGGAUCUUCGAAAUUUAAAAUUGAAGCUCCAUUCUUUCGAGUCUCAUAAAGAUGAAAUUUUUCAGGUUCACUGGUCUCCUCAUAAUGAAACAAUUCUUGCUUCAAGUGGUACUGAUCGUCGGCUUAAUGUAUGGGAUCUAAGUAAAAUUGGAGAAGAGCAGUCUGCAGAGGAUGCAGAAGAUGGGCCUCCUGAGCUGCUGUUUAUUCAUGGAGGACACACUGCCAAAAUUUCAGACUUCAGUUGGAAUCCUAAUGAGCCUUGGGUAAUCUGUUCUGUAUCGGAGGACAACAUAAUGCAGAUAUGGCAAAUGGCAGAAAACAUUUACAAUGAUGAAGAUCCAGAUAUAGCAGCAGCUGAACUGGAGAGUCAAGGAACAUAACUUUUCUUCCUUAAGAAAGUACUGACACUGUAAGAUAAUUUGACUACUGUAGAAAUUAAAGAAACAACAAACCAAAACCAACUAAAACCAAAACAACAAAAAACCCCAAAACCAAGCACUGGGCAGAGGCAUUAACAUCAAAAUGUGAAUACUCUGAAUCAGGCAUGAAAAGCUUGUAUAGCUUAGGCACUUUGAGCUGUUGUAUACUGUACAGCAAUUAGCUUUUAGGGAAAAUAAGAAUGACUUAAUACCAAUGUCUAUAUUUUCAAACAAGCUUAGUGGGUUUCUGUAAAUACAACAGUCAAAUUCUCACUCUUCCCACACAGAAAGCGUGCAAAGAAAAAAAAAAAAGUUUUUAUUAAUAUGUAAAAAGAGCUUUUUCACUUUUACACACAUUUGGGUUGCCUUUGCAUAAAUAAAAUUUAUUAAAUAAAA